AUUUUCAACUCAAACACACAAGAAAAAGAAAAGCUUAGACAACUAAAAUAAUCUAAUAAUCUCCUUAAUUUGCUUCUCACUAGAAUGAUGGGUUCGUCAAAGUGUAUGUUGAUGUUCUGUCUACUUAUCACCAUGUCAAUGUCAUGCAUCGACGCAGCACGCCAUCUGUUGCAGGCAGUGCCUGGGUUGCCCAAUCCGACCACUGUCAUGCCACCAUUGCCCUCUAUUCCGACAACUCUUCCUCAGCCAGCAGCUCUACCUAAGCUUAGUAUUCCACCUAUGUCAAGCACACAAAUUCCGUCUUUGCCAAACAUGCCCUCCAUUCCAAACAUGGCUCUCCCUCCCAUGCCAAACCUACCAACCACCAUUCCCACUUCCAUUCCUAACUUUCCAACCUCCAUUCCCAACUUUCCAACCUCUAUCCCAUCUAUUCCUUUCCUUUCCCCACCUCCUUCAAACUAAGUAGCUCUUCUAGCCUCAUGGUUUUGAGACUACACUAAGUAGCUCUUUUUGUGUGUGAUUUUUUUGAUAUACGAUUAUGUAUUUUCGCUUUGUUUCAGCUUUCAUAUUUGUUCGUCAGAGAGUUGUUUUAUACUCUGUAGUUAUCUUUGUAUCAUCAUUUAUUUACAGUUCUCUUUGUUGUUGGAUUGCAAUUCUUCAGUGUAAUUGAAACAAUAUGUUUUUACUUAUUUGGACAAUGUUCAAUUUUCAUUUUA